AAAUCUAAUCUUGCAAUCUAAAAUUUUGCAACAACAAUUGCUAAUUAAUAUAAAUUAUUGUGGGAAUAUAAAUUUUGUUGAAUAUAAUACUGCUUCAGAAAACACAGUUAUUCAAUUAUGUAAACAAUUUUUACAAGCAUCAUUGUGUUCAGUUAUAAAAAAUGGCAUAGGUAUAACAGAUUUAAGGUUACAUAAGGUAACAAAAAUAAGUAGUAAAGAAAUUGACUUGUUAAAUAUUACUAAAAAUAAAAGUUUACAAUCGGAUGAAUGCAAUAUGAUUUUAAGAAUUUUAGCUAUACCUGGAAUAACAGACAUUCAAAAAUGGCCUUUUAGCUUUCUUCAAAAUGACUUAUUUAGUAAAGAAGAAAUAACAGUAACUAAUUGUUUAGCAGCAGCAGAUUGUAACUGGUUAAAUAAAGUAUUUCCUAAAAAGAAAAAUAAUAAUGCUCUAAGUCUUUACAAUAUUUAUGAAAGAAGUCGUGUUUGUGUACUCAUACAAACACCAAUUUCUAAUUCUAUUGAAAAAGUAGAUAAUGUAUAUGAUUGUUUACAUAUAAAACAUACAAAUUAUGAAAACAAUUCAAAUGAAAUUUGUCAGAUAUUUAAGAUGAUGAAUACAAAUAUAAAAAAUCCUAUAUUUGUAAUAGAGUAUGAAUACGUACUCUAUGAAUUAAAAAAAGAAGAAGAAUAUAAAAAUCCUGUAACUGCAUGUACAACAGAUGACAUUACAUUUACAUGUUUAUCUAAUUCUAAUAUUAUGCAAUAUAUUAAUAUUGAUAAAAAAAUUGGAAUAUACAAUCUUGUAAGAAUAUGUAUUUCUGGACAGAAGAUAAAUGCAAUAGAUAUAGAUUUAAAUUUGCCUAAUUUAAAAGAAUUUGAUAUUUCUUACAAUCAAUUAAAUGAAUUUCCAAACUCAGAUUUUAUAAAAAAUGUGCAAAUAUUAAAUAUAAGUUUUAAUAACAUAAAAUUAUUACAUAUUAAAAAAACUUUAUCUAUGCUAAAAGAACUAGACAUAUCAUGGAACAUGUUAAUGUAUUGUUUUGAAUGUAUUAAUAUUUUUAUAACUUAUAUACCUAACAUGUAUAAGCUAAAGAUAUAUAAUAAUCCUUUUGAUGAUGUUAUUGAUCCUCAAUUAAUUGAACAUUUAUUACAUAUAAAUUUACCAAAAUUACAGUUUAUUAAUAAUUAUAAAUGUGAAAAUCUUAAUUUUCCUCAAAUUUAUUUUCCUUGUGCAUUUGGUAUGUGUAAAUUAAAUAACAAACGACGUAAUAAAUUAAUUUAUUUAAAACAAAGUAUAUUAAAAAAUAUAGAAGAAUUAAAAUUGUUAGAAAAAAAAAAUAUAGAACAAGCAAAAUACAUUCAUAUAUCACAUAAUUUUACUGUAGCAUUAAACAUUUUGAAAAGAGCAAGAAAUGUGCAAGAAUUUUGUGCUACUUGUUGUUUAUUGUCUACAUUUCCUUCUAUAAAACCUUUAAAACAUCUAAUCAAACUGAAUCUUGGAAAUAAUUUUAUUUCAGUGUUAGAUAAUUUUACUCAAGACAAUUUUCCAACAUUAAAAUAUUUAGAUUUGACUAAUAAUCUAAUAACAAACUUGGAAUCAAUGGGAACAUUUUAUACCUUACAAGAAUUUUAUUGUGGGAAUAAUAAAAUAAGGAACAUAACACAAAUAGAAAAUAUUAAAACUUGGCAAACAUUGCAUGUUAUAGAUUUUUGUAAUAAUCCUAUAAGUACAGAUGAAUUAUAUAAAAAAUUUAUCAUAUUUCAUUUAAGUAACAUUGAAGUAAGUAAAAUCUUUAAUUAUUAUAUUUCUGGAGAAUAUGUACGAAAUUCUGAUAUUUCUGAAGCAAGAUGUAUAUUUGGUAAUAAAUUUGAUAAACAUAUGUUAAAUGCAAUAUAUGCAACAGAUCAUUUAACAAAUAUUACACAACUGAGUCUAGUUGAUUGUUCUUUAUCAAAAGUGGAUCUUUCAGCAGAAUUUCUACCACUGUUAGAAAGUUUAGAUUUAAGUAAAAAUCGAAUCACUUAUUUAUGGGGUCUCCAUUCUUUUAAAUAUUUACGUACAUUAUGUUUAAGUUAUAAUUGUCUUGAAACAUUUAAUGGAAAUAAUUAUGAAAAAAACAAUUAUAUAUUCCCAAAAUUGUACACUUUAUUUUUAGAUCAUAAUUGCAUUAAAUCAGUAAUGAGUAUUACUAAACAAAAACUACCAGUAAUAAAACAUUUAUUUUUAAACAAUAAUUAUCUUCAGAAUAUCAAUGUGUUACUAAAAGAAACACAAACUCUAUGCUAUGGAAUAGUAGAAGGGAAACAAACUAAUGUAUGA